GAAGUCGAGUGUCGUGCCGUGCCCGUGUCCGUCCUUCCCACCCUGUCCACGAGUUCCAUCUAAUCUCAAAUUGGCAACACCGAUCGCCGCCUCGCCCUCCGCCGCCAACCAUGGCUGCCGCCGCCCGGCGUCCUGCUCCCAUCUUCUUGCUGAGCGGCCAAGUGGAUAUGGGUGCACUUACCGACGAGCCAGGGGGUGGUGGGUGGACGGAGAUCGAGUGCGCAAGCAGGAAGGCUUACGGAUGUGGGGAGCACGGCCAGGAGGCGGCGGAAGGCCUCAAGCUCUACGUGCGUCUCGGCGCCGGCCCGCUCCUCACCUCCUCCCUGGACAUCCGCAUGAGCGACGAGGCGCUUCGAAGGUUCGACUCGGAGCUCGAGAUUAGCGCCCCCAGCAAGGAUAUGCGUCCCCGCCCGAUGCAAGCCGAGGGCGUCGUCCAGAUGGCUGAGGAGGAGGACCUCACCGUCAUCUUCCUGCUCUUCUGCCGCCCGUUCCGUCUCGAUCUCACCUACUACCUCGUCUACGACCAUGUCGGCGCGUCACUCUCCAUGAUCAAUUACUUAUCAGAUCUCUACUUACCUACUGGUACGAUGAAGCCCGUCCCCAAGCGCCGCGGCAGUGAUUUCGAGCUGUUCCUCAUGACUAGUCGCCUUCAGCUGCCUCGGACUCCGCCACCCGUUCUCUUCGUAUGCACUCCGGAGGCAAGGGCGAACCCAGCGUCCGACGACGGCAUCGGUCUGUGGCAGAUCAAGACACAGCAUGAAGAGAUCCAGACGUGGCCUUCUCUUUCCAAGGCAAGGGUUUCUGGUCCGAUCUCUCGCGAGGCCUCGUGUACUGCGACCUGCACACCACCAGCGACACCGCCGUGGACUUCGGCUUCAUCAGGUUGCCGCGCGAGUGCCUGGAGCAGAUGGGAAAGGAUAACCUGAAGCUGAUCGGGACCAUGGCCUGCGUCAGGGACUCCAUCUGGCUCGUCUGCAUUCAUAACGCCGCGGAAUCUGCAGCAGAUGACUUGGUGAAGAUAUGGACUCUGAAUGUGCCUGAUGGGGGUAAGUGGCAGCAAGCGUGGUGGGAGGAA